AUGAGGAUGAUUCAAUAUAAGGAUGAGCAGAAAUGUUGUCAAAAAGAAACUUUCUUUGUUAAAAGAAGAUCGUCUGCAUUGUAUUUCUGUCAACAGCUAUCGCACGUGCACAAAACAACUUCCGAGUAUUCGCAACUGCACCGCAGCGGGUGGAAAUUUCCAACAAUGAUGCAACCUUUACAAGCGAAGCUAAGGGAUAAACCUUAG